GUCAAUCCGCAGCAAUGAGCCGUACUGACAAAAUUUGUCGAUUUUGUCUUGGUUACACCGAACCCACGGCAGGUAUCCCUAUAACGGAUACUGAUCUCCGUACUAAAAGCGACAUUGUUUUUAAGUUUGAUUUAAAUAAUGAUUUUAGCAGCUGAGUGACGAUGAAUCUCUUCCCUCCACCGUUUGUUCAGAUUGCUGUAUUAAGGUCUCAGAUAUUCACAGUUUUCACGAAAUGGUUCAGAACAAUCAAAUUAAGUUGAUAAGUGAAUCUUCGAACGAACUAAAACCACAACAUACAGAUUCGGUAAAGCAGGAGUCCUCUGUUCCUAGGGAUGAUGAUUUCGAUCGAGUGGUUUGGUUACCCGAACAGCUAGCAGACCAGGACUUCGAAGAUACCAAAGAGGACGGAAUCGAUGUGAAAGUAGAGAUGAUCAGUUCCGAUGACAGUGACGAUUGCAAGCAUCCAAUUACUAGAUCAACACGGGGUUCUGAUCAUAAAUCUGUGAUCGCGAAUAGAAAUCAAUCAAACAAAACAUCUAAGACUAGGGAGAAGAUAAUCGAACGGCACAAUGAUGAAAAUCAAAAAAUAUUAGAAUUUUUCAAAAUGAACUGCGAAUUUUGCUCUGAAACUUUUGAAACAUUCGGUAACCUUCGGACGCAUUGCCGGAAUGUCCACAAUGAAAAGGCUAGAGUUAAAUGCUGUAAUCGAUUUUUCUACAUAAAAUGCAAAAUUCUUGAACACAUAAGAUCUCACCAAAAUCCGAAGCGGUUUCAUUGUGAAAUUUGCAACAAAUACUACAGUACCAAAGAGUAUCUAGAACUGCAUCACAUGAGGCACAGCAGUCCUGAGGAAAAACCUUUCGCUUGUGACAAGUGCGAUAAAAGCUUCCCCAAGCCGAGUUUGUUGAAUGCACAUUCGAAAACACACAUCCAGGCGGAAUGCAACGUUUGCCACCGAAAGUUGGCCAAUAUUUAUUCGUUAAAAGUUCACAUGUUACUGCACACGGAUAAUUUGGAACAGGCAAAGCAUAUCUGCGAUACCUGUGGGAAGGAGUUCAAUCGUAAAUUAGCGUUGGAUCAGCACAUUAUGCGUCACAAGGGUAUUAAUCCUGAAAAAAAGCUUCAGUGCCAUAUCUGCAAUCGCUUUAUUAUCGGGAAAAGAGGCAUGCAAAAACACCUGAGAACGGUGCAUUGUGACCGAAAUCUGGAGUUUCCUUGUGAUAUCUGCUUCCAAAAGUACAAGAACGAACGUUACUUAAGGCUUCACAAGGCUCGAGUUCACGUGGAGGAUAAGUUUGAGUGUGAAUUUUGCGGGAAACGGUUCAAAAGAAAUAUCAACCUGAAAGAGCACAGGGCCUCACAUACGGGUGAGGUACUAUAUACGUGCAAUUUGUGUGGCCUAACAAGCAAUUCUAACGGAAAUUUGUACUCGCACAAGAAAAACAAACAUCCUAAGGAAUGGCUGGAGGCAAAGAAGAAAGCGAUGGAAGUACUUUAUGCGAAAAACUAGAAAUCGCACGUAAAAAAAAUCAAACUGGAAAAGAUCAAGCAAUUGACCGGAAAACGAUAGGUAAUGGUAAACCUCGAAUGGUUUGUUGCUAGCAGUUAGGGUUAUUGUACCAAUAGUCAGCUCAUUAGUAGAGCCACCACGUCACCAAGUCACCAACAAAUGUGCAAUACAGCUGUUACAGUGACGCCCAAAUUCGAAGCGAAUGUGAAUAAAUUUUCACACUUUGAGCCAAUGCAUAGAACAUUCUUACCAAUACUUUUUGCAUAUGAAAUGAAUGGUGGAACUGAAAUGAAUAGGGGUACCGUUACGGGAUAUAAUUACAAUAAAUUCUUGACUACAA